AUGAACAUUGACCACCAAAAUGAACCAAUUCUUGAUUUGGAUGAUAACAAGUGGUUAGCAGAUGGUAAAGGGUAUGAGUCAGAUGAUUUGGAGGAAGAGGAUGACAAGGAUUUUGAACUUUCAGAGACAAUGGAAUAUGAACAUGAAUGUGAUGACGAGGUCCGUACUUUUGAUAAAACUGUUGGAGAUCCAUUCUUGGACAAACUUUCAGGGCAUAUAAGUGAUGAUGAUGAAGAGGAAGCAAACAAUGGAAAAGAUAAGGAUGUUGUGUUCCCUGUCCAUAAUGAGAAUGAAGAAUGGGAGCAAAGGGUGUCAGUUUUCGUGAUCAUCAAAGGUUAUUGGUAA